UAGAGAGAAGUGAUCUCAUCAGAUCUAAUCUUCCCAAAUAAAUAAAUCUUUUUUUUUUUUUUUUGGCUGAAGCUGGACGAGUGCAGCAGUGGAGAUGGCCUCUGGAAAAGCUUAGCUAUCUCCUUCUGAGUUUGUGCCCCCCCCCCCCCCACUCGGGGAGCAGGUCAAACUUGAAAAUCAGAACAAAUCUUUUAGCCGUCUGUGGGGGGGAGAGGGGGGAGUGUAAGUUCGUGUUUAUGAGAAGCUUAUGACUCCCGAUCAGAUCAUCCGUGAGGAAGGCACAGAAUUGUUCUGUUCCUUGAGGAAUUGGGUGGUGACGUCUUUUCUGAUACCCGAUUAUUACGUGACUGCAAAAAAAAAAAAAAAUCAUUUGAUUCAUGAAUAAAAAUCCGAACGCCACAACAGGGCAACAAACACUAUCGUGCCGGCCUUAAAGGUAACACGCAGGCGGCUGUUUACAAAGAAGGCUCUCGGUAAAGCAGGGGGUUUGCUGCUCAUUGCCUAGAUUGCGAACUGAGGAAGGCUGGCCAACUUCGGAGCCUCAGAGCAAGGAUCAGAAGAAGGAGAAAGCGACAGCUGAAGCAUCUGAGUGGAGGGGAAGACCUGGGGAAGAGAUCAGCCUCCCGCAGGCAGCUGCCAGGCACAGCCCUCGCCUGUCUCCCGCCUCCUCGGCUUUCUCCUCCGCGGCCCCUCGUUCCUCUCUGCUGGGCUCGCUUCCCUCCCUCCCCCCUGCCCCUUCCCCAGGCUGACUCUGAUCCAGAUCUGUGCAGCUUCCUGCAAACUUUUUUUUUUUACCCUUUUUUUUGUCCCCCCCGAGCGGAUCCCAGCACAGCGGCGCGUUUUGCCCAGCGGAGAGGCGAUGCCGCGAGAGUUUUAACCGCUGAAACUUGGGAGACACUUCUCUUCCUCCUCCUCCUCCUUAUCCGCUCCCCUCAUCCCCGAUCUCCCCUUUCUGUUUGCAGCCAAACGCUCUCCGUGCCGGGUGUGAAGAGUUUCAUGAGUGGCAAUGUGUAGCAAAGCGAUCCUAGCGCUGCUGGUCUAUGGGAUAAUAAUGCACUGCAGCGUCUACUGCUCACCUGCGGCCGGGCUCCAGUACCCUGCGCUAAGGCUGGAAGAUGAAGUGUACGACGAGGAUGGCAACAUGCUGCAGGACUUCUCCUACGAUCGAGACCCCCUGGGUUUAGCCAACCCCCCGUCCGUGCUAGACGACAUGUACACCUUGUACUACCCGCCGGAAAAGAGGCACGCCGAUGGCAUCUUUAACAAAGCCUACAGGAAAGUCCUGGGCCAGUUAUCCGCGAGGAAGUACCUGCACUCUCUAAUGGCCAAGCGGGUGGGCGGUGCCAGCAGCGGCCUGGAAGACGACUCGGAACCGCUCUCCAAACGGCACUCGGAUGGCAUCUUCACAGACAGCUACAGCCGCUAUCGGAAACAAAUGGCUGUCAAGAAAUACUUGGCAGCGGUCUUGGGGAAAAGGUAUAAACAAAGAGUUAAAAACAAAGGACGCCGAGUAGCGUAUUUGUAGCGAUGGGUAACCAGCCACGCCUGUGUAUACAAUGCCCUAAAAAAAAAAAAAAAGGAAAAAAAAAGAAAAAAAAGUCAUUUCCAAACUGACUGAACAAUCACCGCUCCUGUGUUAUUUAAACAUGUAUUUAUGUAUGAAGUAAAGCCAUUAAAUGAAUAUUUUGAUAAUAAUAUUGUUUUUCUUUUGUACAAAAAGCACUAGAGAAACGCACAGAUCUACUUUGUGGACCAAUCCUUAAGUUAUAUAUAUACUAUAUAAAUAUAUAUAUAUAAAUACUACUUGCUGAGACUAGAGGACAAAUCUUCAUAUAAAGUGUGCACAAGAGCAAGAAUUCGCCUGAGCUGUUUAUGUUUUUAUAUAAAAUAAAUAGAAAAAAAAGACAAUCAUUGUUUUGAAUAUUGCUCCUAUUUUUGUAACGGAAAUUAAAAAGGAGAGUAUUUUUAUCCACGACAGGGUCGAAGACAUUAAUAUUCACCAUUUGCUACUGUAUAUAGACAAUGAUGCCCUGCUCCAAGGAGAUUACGAUGAUAAUGAUUUGGGAGAAUUUCUGAGGCAGAUUCUUUUCCCUGGUGAGUCCCAAGACAGGCUCUUUUGCCACAAGCCUAUCUGAAGGGGCACGGCCCCCCUUGCUAGAGAUUUCAAUUUUUCUGCUUUCUUUGAUUCCAGUUUUAUAUGUAUUUGUGUCUCCUCAAACACUGAUCGGAGCGGAUUGAUUCUCCGGCGGUGAAACAACAGCUCUAUCAAAAUUUGUGCAUCUCUGUUGACUAUUGGAGGGUGGGGGAGGAAUAUAUAUAUAUAUAUAUCUAUAAAAGAAAACAACGAUCUCUAAUUAGCCCCGUUCUUUAUUCCACUUACUGAUUGGGCAUAGCUACAGAACAAAGCAAGCAGGAAAUUAGACCCAUUGAAAAAAGAGUUUGAAAUUUAGCUACUGGAAGCGAUAGAGCGCAGAUCAGAGAGGAAGUGCCCCUAACGGGUGGGUGGUGUCAGGCUGCCACAAGACCUGGGUAACAUGAGAUGAUCCCACUUGAGAUCCACUACCCAGCUGAUCUCGGUCAGCUUGGUACUGGACUCGAUGCAAAGUACAAUGUGUUACUCUCUCCAGUGCUGUCCAUGCUUCUCAUCAUGUGUAAUGGCCAGGAAUCUCUCCCUUUGAAUCUUUCAAUUGGAGUUGCUCCUUUCCUUUGUUGUUUUCUUGUAGCCCUUUCAUCCUGUCUUGCAGUAUUUAAGCUCUGUUACCCAUCGGAGUCAGUUCUUUUUCUCCUUCUUUUCUUUUUUAAAAAGAUUGUGAACGCCUCUCUCACUCUUCUGUUCUGUUUUAUGCAAGCUCUUAUUGUAAAAGUUUAGGAACCCCUGUUGUAGCUACCACUAAAUAAUUAUGCACUACUACUGAAGUUUUUGUUCUUUGUUUAUUGAGUUUGGAGGUAAAAUGUAUUUUUCUACAUUAUGGCUUAUUGCUGAGUAAAAUUUAUUUCAUAAAACCAACUUUUGUCAUAACAGAAUGUGUAGUGUUCACCUGCGGUUCAGUUUCUAAUGACCGAUAAAUCAUUUUAACCUCAUCUUUAUAUGUACGGAGUUAUAUCUUACCUUCUGGAAAAAAAAAGACAAAAAAAAAAAAAAAAAGACUGAAACAAACCCGAUCGAGAAAGCUUUCCAUCCCUUCUCUUUUAAAGGUGAUGUGCACGUUUGUUUCCUUGCAGAUCACUCAACAUAACGGUGUGAUGGAGGAAUCAUUUAAAAGAAAUUAACCACCCCCAAAUUACAGACGUCGAUUGCUUUUUAUUUUUAUUUAAAAAACACCCACUUGCCAAAUUUAAAAGACCUUCCCUUGUCCUUUCCCAAUCUGAUCGGUGGAAAGUCAUGCAUCAAAGAAAACAGAAUUGAGUUUGCAAUCCCAAGUUGAGCGCACUGCAAACAGUGGUAGCACUCAGGCAGUCGAUCCCUGCCUGUGUGGUGUGUAUGAAAUCAAUCUUGCUUUAAUUUUGCAUUCUCCUCAGGCAAGGUGACGCAGGAUGCAGUUUGCAGCUUACGUGCCUUUCUUCGCCUUUUAAAUCGCCACGAAUUCACAGAUGGCUAUUUAGUGGCCCUACAAUGCUGCAACACAUCAGCUUGCAUUUUAGUCUUAAUUAUUUGUUCUUUGAUCCUGGGCAGAGUUUGCUGUAUUUGUGUCAGCUGUAGUAUAAUGAAAUAGGGCUCUCUUGACGUUUUAUUUAUGAACUAUCAUUUAGAGUUCAGUGGCUAGCUGCAAGCAUUAUAAAGCGAUCACAUAGAUUAUCCUUUGUAUAAUUUUUAGAAAAGCCAACAGCCUUACUAAACCUGAGCAGAUUUGAGAUACAGUGCUAAUUUAGAUAGAUGUUAGUCUUGGAGAACUUAUUUUGUGUGCAACUAAAAUAACUUAAAGAAAGUAUUAUUACAGACAUGAUAUCUAUAACUAGGACUUUGAUAACUGUUAUAUAAGUGUGUAAAGUUUGUAUUAAUAAAUUUUUGUAAACAAUGCAA